UGUAUUCCUAGAAAGAAGAAGUUGUGUUGCAAUAUAAACAUGCUAACAACAGCUCUCUGGCAAGUUUGGACAUUGUCCUGUGACUCUGCAGGUUUUGUUCACUCAAACAUUUGUGCGAUAAGGACAGAGGAGAAAUUGAAGACCUGUGAUCUGUGAUUUUAUUAUGAACACCAUUAGAACCUGCGUCUUGCUUCUCUGUCUCUUCGUUGGCAGUGUCUCCUCUGUGCAACGCCUGAACAAUAUUGAUGACCUGAGAAACACUCACUACAGCAAGCGUGAGCCAAACCAUGGACUCAAACUGCUGUUCUGGUUUGCCCAACAUGUUAUUGAUAUUGAUGAAAACUACAUCUCACAGAUGGAUAUCGAACCAAGCCGAGGCGACUACGGAUUCCAUUGGUUUGAAAACAGAGAACGCAUCCUCCCCACAUUGUCCUCUGAAAUCAAAGGUUAUUACUCUGUGGGCAAUCUAAGGUAUCCAAGAGCCACAGAGUUACCAGCAUAUGUGCGAAAGGAUCAUUAUAUCUCACCACAUUCCCCAGACAGCAACCUAGACAGGCUCAUAGUCUGUGUGAACAGAAGAGAUCCAACCAGGUUACACAGUGUCUUUAUCACGUCACUUAUUUACCAACUGGACGAACUGGAUCCUCACCUCACUUUUGAGAUCAAUCCUGCACUUAUACAUCAAAUCCAAUGUCCUUGUAACUGCACUUCACACCAUUACAAUGAUUAUCUGUUUAGCACCUUGACUAGUAAUAGAAAAGACAUUAAUGAUGUUCAAAAAACCUUACAAACAGCAAAGAUCAUUUUUAAAGAGCCAGGCCUUGCUGCAUUUCUGACAUCAACAGAAUAUGACAUCAAAUACUCUUACAGAAGCUUUGCAGUGAGAUAUCACUGUUUAGCCACCUCUAGUGCAAAAGAAUUAAGAGAGCCCUUAACUCAAUGUCAUAUAACUGCAGAAAUUAAAUUAGAGAUUAAAACAUCAGCGACUGGUUUAGCAAAACUCACAUGGGAACACAUUCCUGCUAAUGUAAUGAAAGAAUAUGUUUUCAUAUACGUGGCUGUUUGCAAGAACACUGACUUCAGCAAUGCACAUAAAUAUCAUGAAUGCCCCAAGUUUGGGGUUAAGAGUUCCUCUGGGAGUGUUGAUACUUCAGUUUAUCUUAAUUUUGGUCUUCAGCCCCAACUUCUAUUGUACAAGCUUGUUCCAUUGGUCACAAAUGGCAACAGAGGAAUGCCCACUAAAAUAAAGCCUUAUAGAGCAAGUCUGCAGCUCUACACUGAAAAUGGUAAAGCAUGCGCUCAGCUUUACAUUAAGAAGACCUUCAGUGAUUGGAAAAAUGUUUUCUCUUACUCAUGGGUGGGGUUUUACAAAAAUUCACAAGAAGCCAAUGACCAGUACUAUACAUCUAUAUAUGUUGUGAAAAUGGAAAAGGUAGAAAAAUAUAGCACAGGGGAAUAUUAUGUUUAUAAAUACCAGUCAAGUUUGGACAUUGCACCUGGAGUUCAGAUCCGCUUUCUGCUGGAAAAAAAGUAUGAUGAUAGAAAUGUUUUAGCCCGAACACAGCCCUGGAAAGAUACUAAAUACCCAAUCACAUUGCAAACAAUUAAUGAUGAUCUGCAUCCUGGUCUUCCACCUGAACUAUUACCACACCUGUCAAAUCCAGAAUCGUUUCAUGGGCCAGAGUUUGAUGAAGCCAAUGGAAUUAUCCCGAUUAGAAUACUGGGAUCUGAUGCUAGUCUGCAGCUUUACGCUAAUGAUGGUAAAGCUUGUGCUCGGCUCUACAUUAAGAAGACCUUCAGUGAUUGGAAAAAUGUUUUCUCUUACUCAUGGGUGGGGUUUUACAAAAAUUCACAAGAAGCCAAUGACCAGUACUAUACAUAUAUAUAUGUUGUGAAGAUGGAAAAGAUGGGAAAUGAUAACAUUAUGGAUUAUGAUAUUUAUCAGUACAAGUCCAGUUUGGAUAUUGCACCAGAAGUUCAGAUACGUUUCCUGCUGGACGAAACCUAUGACAACAUGUUAGCACAAACUGAGCCAUGGGAGGGUGCAAACAUAUCACAAAUAACAAUUUCCUGUUUCCAAUCUUAGUUACUACUAUCAGUUCAAAACUAUAGUUGCCUACUAUUAAUACUGUUUAAAAACAAACUAAUGUUUAUGUUUUACAGAUGUGCAUUUAAAGUUCUACUCAGCAGCUAUUUGCUGUAAUAUGGUGUAACACACACUUUGUUCACAGAUCACUCUGUGACAUCUUCAUUUUAAUGGAUUUAAAAAUUAUUUCAUUUCUCAGGAUGGGAUUCUUGUACACCAUGUCUUCAUAUAUUAAAAUGCAUUUGAAAAUGG